AACUGCAACUUAACGUUCCUGAAAGUUAACGUAAACCCCUUAAAGACAUCGUUGGGCGCUACAAUGACCUCAAAACAAGUAAAAACGUUACAUUUAGUUUGAAUUAAACACAAUAAUUGAACAGCAGGAGACGUUAACUUUGUAUAGUAGUAGAUACAUCAUGUGAAAUUAUACUGAAAGCAAAUACUUUUCCACAAACAGGAGGAAACUUUCUCCCCAGUAUUUCCAUAGUCCCUCCUCUUCUCCUUCUCGGGGUUUCUUGGAACCAUGGCGCUGCUGCAGGCUGACCAUCUCACUGUAUACGUGGCGUUUCAUUUUGUUUUAAUAACAUUACUUAGUUUCACCUCGGCGACCCCGGGUAGAGGCAGCGCUAAUGUAUUGUCUCUGCCGCAGCCGUACGACUUCUUGUAUUACACCGGGGUACGGUCGUAUUUCGGUGAGGAGUGGGUGAAGGCAGCGGAGCUUCUGGAGAAAGCCAUCCUGACCAAGGAGUCCCUUUCCCGGGUACGCAGGCAGUGUCAUGAGGAGUGUGUGGAGGCAGGGAGAGAAGCAUUCAACAGACUGGACUCUGAGCAGGGGAGUCUGCAUGAUCUGUGGACCUUGGACUGGGUUCAGCAGAGAGCUGAAUGUCUGCGGUUCUGUGUCGGACGCUCGGUGUCACCUGCAGCACAACUCCCCGUUUCUACCGACAUAGAUUAUGAAUUUGGAUCUCGUAACCCCUACAACUUCCUGCAGGUCACUUACUACAAGUUGGAAAAGUUGCAGAAAGCGGCGUCUGCAGCUCAUACCUAUUUUGUGGCCAACCCCAGUCACUUGGAGAUGAGGAACAACAUAGAGAAGUACAGACGGAUGGAGGGAGUGACGGAGGAGGCCUUCCAGGACAGAGAGCUGGAGAAUGAGAAUCAUUGGGUCCUGUAUGAUUCUGCAGUUCAGUACGAGGCCUCCUCUGACUGGCUGAAAGCUGCAGAGAAAUGGAAAGAGUGUGUGAAUGAAACGCUGCGGCAGACAGACGAGUGCCGGCUGCAGUGUGAGAUGGCCUCCCAACGGCUGCCAGAGGACAGGGGGGUGGACGGUAGUAGGAGCGUUUAUGAGCAGGCUGCAGUUUCAGAGGCUGAUGAAGAGUAA